UGGCUACUACAUAGUGUACUGGUGACUGGUGAGAAGAUUCCCUCGCCAAAGAUAUCUGCAAGCUGCAAGCAGGAGCUGAGGUGAGAUCCGAUGGAGGGGAGCGGCGGCGGCAAGCACUUCAUCCUCGUCCACGGCCUCUGCCACGGCGCGUGGUGCUGGUAGAAGCUGGCGCCGAUGCUGCGCCGCGGGGCACCGGGUCACGGCGCUCGACAUGGCCGCGUCCGGCGCGCACCCGGCAUGGAUGGACGAGGUGCCGUCCUUCGAGGACUACUCGCGGCCGCUGCUCGACGCCGUGGCGGCGGCACCCGCCGGCGACAGGCUGGUCCUGGUCGGGCACAGCCUCGGCGGGCUCAACCUCGCGCUCGCCAUGGAGAGGUUCCCGCGCAAGGUCGCCGCGGCCGUGUUCCUCGCCGCGUGCAUGGCUUGCGUCGGCAGGUACAUGGGCGUCACCAUCGAGGAGUUCUCAAGAAGAACCACAUCCGGUUUUUUCAUGGACAGCAAGAUCAUGGUUCUCAACACAGAUCAAGGCCCUCGGCCUGCAGUCGCGCUUGGCCCCAAAUUGUUGGCAGCGAAAUUGUACGAUCGAAGCUCAGUCGAGGACCUGACACUGGCUAUGUUGUUGGUGAGACCGGGCUGCCAGUUCGUGGACGACCCGAUGAUGAGGGACGAGGCUCUGCUCAUCGACGCCAACUACGGGUCGGUGAAGAAGGUGUACGUUGUGCUCACGGACGACGUUUCCACCUCCGAGGAGAUGCAGUGCUGGAUGGUCGACCUGAGCCCGGGCACGGAGGCCGAGGUGCUCGCCGGAGCCGACCACAUGGCCAUGUGCUCCAAGCCCAGGGAACUCUGUGAUGCUCUGCUCAGGAUCGCCAACAGACUGGCAGACAAGCACGAUGCUAAAAUUGAGGAGCUGGCUAAGAAAAGAGUUGCUGCUAAAGAUAAUUAUGCUAAGAUUCAUGGUGGACACGGUUCGGGCCAGUCUGGUCCCGGCCUGAGCCAUCGUUUGGACCGGCCGCCGGCGGGCCGGACAGGACCGAGGAGGCGACCGGUCCUGUUUUGGGGGACCGUACCGGCGCUGAUGAAGCCCGAGCAGACUGACUGGACCGAAUGGACCGGCCAACAACUACCAGCGUCGAUGUGUGCGAGUGCAGCGGCGAGGUGGGCUACGUGCAUGACUGAUGGGACGAAGUGGACGACGUGCGUGAGAAAUUAGCUAACAACUGCAACUUGGGCGAAACCAACAAACUGAAUUUUCUGAACCUGUUGAAACUAAACCAGCGUAGCUCUCUCUCUCUCUCUCUCCGUAACUACCGGUCCUAGUCUCUAGUGCAUGAUCACACCUUAUCUAGAUGAGUUUGUUAUGGAGGUUGUUAGCGCAGUGGCCGCACCUGCAUCCUCCUCUUCUCUGUACAUUUGUAACAACCGACAGAUACAUGAACAUAUGACCUGC